AUUCUGUUGACGUGGCGUAGCUAAACAAACGAACGCCAGUAAACCGGGUGAAGAAUGGAUGUGGCUUAGGUCGUCAACGGAACAGUGCUCAUGUUUUCAGUGAAAAAUGACUGGGAGAAGCCAGCACUAUGGUUUCCAGUCAGCCACGACCAUGCAGCCUGCCAAUGGAGGACAUGCCUACCUAUUUGGGAACAGCGCUGAGAACGAUCUCGCUGAGGAUGGAGAGAGCUACGAGCUGCGCACCCGAGGCCGGGACCGGAGGAGCACCUCCAGGGAGAGGUCAGACGACAUUGUCCACCUGGUCCGAGACAUUAAAGAAGGGGACACUCUGAAUAGCUUCUCCCUGCAGUACCACUGCUCAGUAACAGACAUCAAGAGGGCCAACAACCUGUUGACAGAGCAGGACUUCUUUGCGCUGCGAUCCAUCAAGAUCCCUGUGAAACGGUUCAGCGUGCUAACAGAGACCCACAACACUGCUCCUCUCAAAUCUGCCUCCCCCACAGGCCACCGACGCAUCCACCAGCCCCCCGUCUCCAUAGAGACUUGCACAGACUCCUCCUCCUCCACAGACAGUGUGGGCAGCUUCCUGCAGGAGAAGGACAAGGACAUUGAGCUGCUGGUCAAGUCCACUGGCACGUCCAGAAACAGCCUGAACGAGGUGGUCUCCUCCCUGGCCCUCCAGCAGCCCUUACUGGGGGAGCCUGACUUCAAGCCUGUCCUCAGGAAGGACCCCUACCAUGGGGCAGACUGGGGCAUGAGGUGGUGGAUGGCGGUGGCCAUCAUGGUGGUGGUUGGCAUCGUCACACCAGUGUUCUACCUGCUGUAUUACGAGGUGCUGAUGAAGGUGGACGUGAGCCACCACACCACCACGCCGUCGGCCAAUCCGAAUGGCAUGCAGAAUGCCCAGAUGUCUGAGCCUGUGGCAAUCAAUGGAGGGCCCAACUCAAGACCUCACGCUGGAAACGUACCUAAACCAGACUCACAUGGACACAAUGAUGUGGAUGACCACCUUGGCCCCAAGAAAGAGAAAACGUAGUGAGGGUGAGUCACUGAAGGAGUGGGAGAUAUUUCCGAGCAGUUCUAUUGGGUACAAUUUCUCAGAGAAUCACUUUAUGGGGAACAGAAUCCAUAGGAAAAUUUAUGGAGGGGAAUAAUUUUCCGUAUGUUUUUAAAAACGCUUUUAAAGCACUUUUCUUUUUUUCCGCACAGAGGUACCCAACUGCUUAUUGUCCCCUUUGUCAGCUGAUGGAACUGUUUCCGUAACGCUGUCUAAAGGGUUUGUGCUAUCUGGUAUCCUUGGGAUGUCCCUACCCUUAACCCCUACGUUACCAUAUGAGGUUUCAACUUGAAUGGGUUGACGUCAGAGUUGGACAUCCCAAUGACCCUGUCUAAAGUGAGGGUUAUUUUCUUGGUCAGAAAAGUACUGAUUGCUGCCACUUAUCAAUGACAGUAAUUUGAGGAAUAUUGGUCUUAUACUUUCAGUAUUGUCUAAAAUGUGUUACAAAUCUUGAACAUUGCUUGUAUAUUUUUUUGCCUGUCUAGGGAGAUCUGCAUUUUGACUCACAAAACCUAUAUUUCUACUUAGGGCAUGGUGACAAAACAGGAAAUGUACAAUAUUCCCAAACACUAGCGAAAUGUUAUUUUCCCUCAUGUCCAUUUCAUAAAAUCAUGUGUAACAAACAGUAUGUGCCUUGAACUUGUGGAACACUAAAACAGGCUGAAAAAUAAGUAUAUUUUGAAUAAAUUAUUGAUGCUCAGA